UAUUUCCUGUUGCAAAGCUGUUGCUUAGCAACAAAAUUCUGUUGCAAUACCAUUGAAAUGCACCAAAACGGAGCGUUUCAAACGGAGGGUAAAUACAGGCAUAUUCAGGCAGACAGUAUGAGGAAAAUAAAGUUGUUUUUUUUAACAUUACAGCAUGUAAACAUGUUCUAUUAGAUCCACAAAAUACAUGUAUGAACUUGAAAAUGAGCACGAUAUGGGACCUUUAAAGUAGUGCUUUAGUAGAUUUAUGUUUUCUUAUGUGGCCAUUCUAAAAUUGUCACUGCAGCACAUGUUAAAAUAGAGAGCUUUAUUGUCUAUAAACUGAAAAAUAUUUAUUGUAAAAAACACAGUGGGCUACACUUCAGAACCCUGUUUAGUGUUUACACAGUCUGACCCACAGCAGCUCAGCCAUGUGUACUAAUCUCAGGAAGGGGAUGUUGUGUAUGUUUCCUCCCAACAAUUCUCCACUCAGUAAGGCCAUUGUUAAAUUUGUCUGGGAAACUGGACCACAGGAGCAGGACGGACCUUGAAAGACCAGGCGAAGCAUGAAGAAAAGACUGCUGUGAAAUUGAAUGAGGGGUUGACCGUUAUAUCUCACAUCCCGCCAGUGUUUUUAAGAGUGCAGCUCAGGUUUUUUUAUGAAGGGGAGGGACCUACAGUUCAGUUCCCUUUGGGUCCAACAUGUAGGCUGCUGCCGGCACUGCAAUGAGCUUCACUGAGAAGUCACGAAAGUCUUGGAUUGAGGAAACCAUCUUCAAGAGAGAGUGUGUGAAGUUUAUCCCUUCAUCUCGGGACUUACAUAGAUGUAUUCCCGUAUGUCAAGUAUGCCAAAACUUGAUCAGAUGUUGCUGUGGUCACCUGAUGGGGGAGCACUCCUGGCAAGAGUCCCUCCCCCCCAUAUCCCUCUAUCCUGGUCCAGGACAGGACCUGGAAGAGGACUGGUCCAUAGAGCUCCACACCAAAGCCAGUCCCACCAAUGCCUAUGGGACCAUAGACUUUCAGGACACUGCCACACGUGUCUGCCGGGCCAAGUACGUCCGUGUGGCUGUGGACUCCAAGCCGGAGGUGCUGCUCCAACUGAUGCUGAAGGAGUGGCAGAUGGAGAGACCCAAGCUGCUACUGACUGUCCAGGGGGGCUCUGAAAAUUUCACCCUACCCCUUAAAGUCGAGCAGGCCUUCAGCAAAGGGCUGAUCACUGCCGCUCUCAGCACAGGGGCAUGGAUACUCACUGAUGGUAUUAAUACAGGUGUGUCUAAGUAUGUGGGCGAGGCAGUGAAAACAUUUGGGGGCCACAACCUGAGGAAGAGAAACACAGUCGGCAUCACACCAUGGGGAGUCAUUGACAACAACACGGACCUUAUAGGCAGAGAUGUGUUCAGGCCCUACCAGCCACUGGGGAACCCUUUGAGCAAGCAGGCCCGUCUUAAUGGUUUCCACUCCCACUUUCUGCUGGUGGAUGAUGGAACGCUGGGAAAACAUGGCUGCCAACAAGGCCUCAGGGGGAAGCUGGAGAAACACAUCCGUCUACAGAAGAUACACCCCCGACUGAACCAAGGAGUACCUGUGGUGUGUGUGGUGCUGGAGGGAGGUCCUGCCAUUGUGUCCACAGUGUUGGACUAUGUCAGCAAUGUGCCCCCUGUGCCAGUGUUUGUGUUCGAGGGAUCGGGUAGGGCUGCUGACCUGCUCGCCUUCUUACACAAGCAGACUGCUAUUGACAGGCAGUUGGAUACUGACAUUAAAGAGGACUUCCUUGUCAGGAUUGGAAAUGUGUUUGGAGUAGAUAUAGCAGAAGCCUCUCAGCUCUACAGUCUCCUCCUGCAGUGUAUGAAUCACAGACAGUCUAUUACCAUCUUUGACUCCGAGUCAGAGGACCAAACGGCACCCGAUGCAGCCAUUUUGACAACUAGUCUCAAGGGCACCAAGGCCAGUCCUGCAGAGCAGCUGAGCAUGGCCUUAGCCUGGGACAGGGCUGACAUUGCACAGAAAGAUGUCCUGGUCUAUGGACAGCAUUGGCAGGUGGGUUCCUUGGAGCAGGCUAUGCUGGACGCUCUGGUGAUGGACCGGGUCAGUUUUGUCAAACUGCUGAUUGACAACGGCAUGACUAUGAACCGCUUCCUUACUGUGGAUCGCCUCGAGGAUCUCUAUAACACGACACAGGGGCAGACAGACCGUUUCCUGCACCACCUCGUUGAAGAUGCGAAACAGACUUCUCUUCCCAUAGGGUACCGUCUCUCUCUCAUUGACAUGGGCCUGGUGAUAGAGUACCUCAUAGGAGGAGCGUACCGCAGCACCUACACACGGAAACACUUCAGAGCUGCCUACAGCCGCCAGAAGGACAAAGAGGGUAGACGGGACAGUUCCGCCUCCUUCUCUAGACAGAGACGGGGAUUAAUACCAAACCCUACGAGGGUCAAGACUCUUCAGAACCAGUAUUUCUUUAGAACGGCUCAGCCCUACAAACCCAAGGAGCAAGAUGUGUCACCUGGGAGCAGUCGAGAGAUCCCGUCGAGCCAUGGCCUUGGUGACGCUCCGCUGCUGGUUACCUUCAACUUCAACGACCUGUUCGUGUGGGCCGUGCUUCAGCAGCGUCAGCAGAUGGCGCUCUUCCUGUGGCAGCACGGCGAGGAGGCGCUGGCACGCGCCACAGUGGCCUGUAAGCUUUACCGCUCCAUGGCCAUUGAGGUGCGGCAGAGCAGUAUGGACGACAACAUUUCAGAGCGAUUCAAGACAUAUUCACUUGAGUUUGGUCAGCUGGCGGUGGACGCAUUAGACUGUGCGUUUCGUCAGAACGAGCAGAUGGCCAUGAAGCUGUUGACUAUAGAGAUGGAGGCAUGGAGCCAUUUCACCUGUCUGCAGAUGGCUGUCUCUUCAUGUCAUAGACCAUUCGUCUCACACUCCUGCACUCAGACCCUCCUCACAGAUCUCUGGACUGGUUCGCUCAACAUGAGAAAAAACUCCUAUCUGAAGAUCAUUUUGAGCCUUCUUCUGCCCCCUGCCAUCUUGCUACUGGAGUUUAAAAGCAAAGCUGAAAUGUGCCAUGUACCACAGUCCCAUGAGGCAAUGCCGUUUGGACUUGAGUCUGUGAAGACCGCACCAGCCCACGAGGGAACUGAUCACACGGAUGCAGAGCGACGCACGUCAUUCGAUGACACAUGUUUUGGUCCUGUGUCAGACACUGUGUCCUCUAUCACCGUACAGUGUCUGUCCUGGAUCACAAGAGUCUAUGAAUUCUACACAGCUCCUGUUGUCAAGUUCUGGUUUCACACAAUGUCGUACUUGGCCUUUCUGAUGUUAUUCUCCUUCGUCGUGCUGGUGAAGAUGGGGGAUCGACCCAGUGUUCAGGAGUGGCUGGUCAUAGCUUACAUCUUGUCCACUGCAGUGGAGAAAACCAGAGAGGUACUAAUGUCUGAGCCGAGGAAGCUGAGCCAGAAGCUGAAGAUUUGGUUCUCAGAGUACUGGAACGUAUCAGAUUUCAUUGCCAUCCUCCUCUUCCUGGCUGGAUUGGCGCUGCGUUGGCAUGCUGAUCCCUACCGGAGGGCAGGACGCAUCAGUUACUGUCUGGACAUCAUCUUCUGGUUCGUCAGGGUGACGGAUCUGCUGGCUGUCAAUCAGCAUGCCGGCCCUUACCUCACCAUGAUCACUAAGAUGACCAAAAACAUGUUCUUCAUAGUGGUGAUGAUGGCAAUAGUGCUGCUGAGCUUCGGGGUGUCCAGGAAGGCCAUCCUGUCACCAGACGAGGAGCCGUCCUGGAGCCUAGCUCGAGACGUAGUCUUCGAGCCCUACUGGAUGAUCUACGGAGAGGUCUACGCAAAGGAGAUAGAUCCCUGUGACGACGGUGUUCCAUGUCCUCCUGCAUCCUUUCUUACGGCGUUCCUCCAGGCUGUCUAUCUGUUCUUCCAGUAUAUCAUCAUGGUCAACAUCCUCAUUGCAUUUUUUAACAACGUCUACUUUGACAUGGAAUCGUCGUCCAAUAAGCUGUGGAAGUACAACCGCUAUCGCUACAUAAUGACCUAUCAGGAGAGGCCAUGGCUGCCUCCGCCCCUUAUACUCCUCAGUCACAUGACCUCAAGCUUGAGAACCAUCUACAGGAGAUGUAUUGGUGACGCUGAGCAGGAGGAGAGAGGCUCUGGACUCAAGCUCAACCUGGGCCACGAGGAUCGUAAGAAGCUCCAUGAGUUUGAGGAGAAAUGUGUAGAGGCCUACUUCCACGAGAAGAGUGAUGAUCUCCACAGCAGUCAAAUUAACAGGAUCAGAGCCACAGCUGAGAGAGUCGAGGAGAUGUACAUGAUGAUGGGGGAGGUCUCGGAGAAGGUCAUCUUUAUUCAGGACAGCCUGUCGGAGCUGGACUGUCAGCUGGGUCGACUCCAGGACCUAUCUGCGCUGGCCGUCGACACCCUCACUCUGCUCUCUGCUUCCGACAGCCUGCACCAGGAGGAGGCACGCCUGUCUCAAUGUCGACCCAUCACAGCGUCCCGGCACAUCCUCCCUCACAGCUGGACCCUCCCGCACAGAAGCAGAGCAGACUGCGAUGCACUUAAUAUGCGGCGAGUGAUACCCAAGUCGUGCAAAAGUACCCCGCCUUCUUUGCUGAAGGGCUAUACUCUGGUGGCGAGUCGGCUGGCAUCACAGGAGUGCCAUGUUGGAGCUUGGGGGAGUCAGGGAGGAAGACGAGGACACACUGAGGAGGGAGAGGACGGAGCAAAGGAGGAUCCACAGUUCAGGGAUCAGACACCCUGUGAGUCUUGUGGGCAGUCCCGCUGUGGGUCUCCUCUUUCUCCCAGAGGCAUGGAUUCACCACAUCAUAAACUCUGGACAUGUGAGCCGUACCUGUAUCCCAGUCAAGAGGAAACUUCCAUGGAAGAGGGAGAAGAAGAGGAGGUGGAAGAAGAGAGAGAGCAAGAGGAGGAAAGGAUACAUAAACAGCUGUCUGAUACAGAAGUGUCCAGAACCUCUAGUGAUGCUGUCCUUCUGUCCGACCCUCGAGACAUCUCUGAGGGUUUGGUAAAUCCUGCAUUUUCUCAUGAUGAUAGCCAACCAAGUUCUCGGUCCAGACCUUCCAGCCAAUGGGAAAGACCUGUGAAAUCUCCCAGGUGGGCGUAUCUGUCCAGAGACCGUCCCUACGGCUACUGCAGGUCCCUGUCGUGCAGCGUGGAGAAUAUGGCUUUCUCUGGGACGCCUCUCAGUCCAAUGAGGGGAUCAUUUCCUUCUCUUAACGAACCAAUGAACAAAGAGAGUUUGUCUGAUGGGAGGGGUUUCAGGGACGACACAUCGCUACGAUGCAGCAGGAGCAGAGAGUGGUCCAAGUCCUCUGACUUCACUCAAGUCUCAGACAGCAGAGGCAAAAACCAUAACAGGAAGACAGUGAAGAUACAAGAGAGCAGUCCAGAUACUGCAACCACACAGUCCCAUUUGUCUGAUGCCUGCUGGAGAAGGUGGCGGAGAUUGAGAGGAGAACCUACAUGUUGGUCAGCUUCGACCAGCCUAAAUCAGCUCAAUUUUGAGCCAAUGGAUUUGUUGCAGAAGCAGGUGUUUCCCCAUCAGGAUGUGUAUAGCCCCACUCAUUCAGCAUGGAACAGCUGGGCCAGAUCCAUGAGCCACAGGUCUUCUUUACAGAGUGGGAUUGCACCUGAAGCAAAAAGCUCCUCCUUCCAGUCCACUGACAAUUUGUAUCCGCACUAUUCAGCGGUGGAGAGAAACAAUCUGAUGAGACUGGCUCACACCAUUCCCUUCACUCCUGUCUCCAUUCUGGGAGGUGAAGAGGUGAGCAUCUACUCUCUGGAGGAAGUGCCCUCUGAUGCUGACCCUGAAUCUGGCCCAGUGUCCUCCUGGUCGUCACGAGGCCUGUCUGCCAUGCUGCAGCCCCUCUCCAGUGAGGAGGGCUCUCUGGACGGGGGUCUCCGGCGGGGCUGCAGGGUGCUGUGUACCUGGGCAGAACGGGACGUGCUCAGACCUGGUCUGGUGUACGUGGUCAAAGCCUUUAGGCCGGAGGUUGUUCGUGCCUGGCAGAGGUACUUCCAUGGUAGCACGGCACAGCAGCUUUGUUUAAGGGAGAUCCAGCAGCAGAAAGCAGCCCAGAAGAUGAUGCAAGAGUUCAACGAGGUCAUACCUGAUGACAUGCACCACUCACCAAGGUUUCUAGAUGUAGCUCUGGUCCUCUGGCAUUCAAAUGGCCAGUGGCUGACUAUUGAGAGGAACAUGUCCGGUGACUUCAGGAAAUACAACAACAACACAGGAGAGGAGAUCACGCCCUGCUGUUCACUGGAGGAAAUGCUGCUAGCGUUCUCCCACUGGACAUACGAGUUCUCGUGCAGAGAGCUUGUGGUGCUCGAUAUACAAGGAGUAGGAGAGGAGCUGACAGAUCCAACAGUCAUUAUGGCCGACGAUCAAAGUGGUAGCAGGGGUGAGAUGCUUUUCGGUCCAGAUAACCUGGGAGAUGCCGGCAUCAGCGGUUUCCUGCAGAAACACUCUUGCGGUGCCUGCUGCCGCAGACUGGGACUAGCAGAUUUCUCCAACAAAUCAAACCAAAUUAUUCAUGCCGGAUGCGUGGACUUCCUCCCAGGCCUAUUUGAGGACGUGUCCGGACGGCUGCGAGAACAGCAGCGAGGCGGCAGAGCCGACGUCGGGGAAAGAAGAACAAGACGACGAUGAAACCACGGUGUAACCUUUGACCCAGGAAUUUCUGUCAUCCUAUCUUUUCCCAUGGUGAACGAGCAUGGGAGACUGUGAUUGAUUGACACGUAUCGCUAGCAGAGGUGGAGAUCAAGUGGCACUGUGAACAGCUCCUCCCUCUGAUGCUGCCUCCAUCGCUGAACUCUUUGACCUGUCUGACCCGGGUGCAUCUCUGUGGUGUAGAAGCUCUUAGGCUUAUGCCAGUAAUACAAAGCAGUAAUACACAAACAGCAAUAUAAGGAAGCUAUUGACAUGCACAAUACAUGCCUACAAUGCCAAUUUAUGUUUGUGUGGUUGUGUACAUUUAUGUAAAUGUUUAUAUGAUUCCAAGUGUGUAUAUGCAUUUGGUUAUCUCAGUAGAGGCACUUUGUUUAUAUUGAUUAUAACCAAAUUAAACAUUUAGUUGGAGGAUGUUGAUGAUGUUGUGCUUUGGACAAAUUAUUUCUGGCAAAAUAUGAGAUAUCUAACAUUUAAAUGCAAUGAUGAAAAAAUUAAUUAUCAAUUCAAAUCAAAAUAAAAUAGAAUAAUUGUUAUUUUUUUGUCCAUUUAGGUUUGAUUAUUAUAUGACUAUUGCUUGAAAAUAAAACUUUGCUAACAACGAAACUUUUUUGCCACUCAGAAAUAUAACGCCACUGUUACUGAUGCCAUUUCAUUACGCAACUUCUUUGUUGGGUUUUACAGGAGCACUAUUCACAGCACAGCAUCAUCCUGUUGCCGCUGAAAAUACAGAAAUAAUUAUCCUGUUUACAAAAUCCUACACAACACUGAGGCAUAUUGAAAAAAACAACAACCCACAAUGCUCCAUUUUCUGAGAUGCAGAAAAGGCCCUGAUGAUAUUAAUGUGUGUUAUUUGUCUCUUUCCUGGUAAGGCGAUGGGGUGACAUCAUCUUCGGUCAGAGCUUCAGGAGUUGUGGCUAUUGUUAAAUGAUAAUUACCACGGCUCAUGAGGGGCCUCUAUUUUUUAUAACCUUGUGGUUGUGAGCACAUUUCUGUGUAAGGGCAGCCGAGACUCCGCACACACACACACACACACACACACAGGUUGAGAGUGGGGGCCGCACGGCCCACACUGAUUUAAUUCUAUCUGACAAAACCCUUUGGGGCGUGCAGAGGGAGAGAGGAAGAUGGAGAGAGCGAGGGAGAGAGAGAGAGAAAGAGAGAGACAUGGAGAAAGAGGGGUGAGAGAGACGCUUCGGGGGCCUCUUCUGCCAACCACGGCUAUAAAGUGAAAGCAGGAGCUUUCGGUAUACCCCCCCAAAGCCUCCCAUGCACGAGAGUGGUCGCGAGGCCCAUUAAAAUGUGGAUAAAAUAC